AAAACAGCUGCUGCCUGCGUCACUGUCGCAACUGGCAAGUCACGUGAAAGCCUCAGACUUGGCGCAUGCGCCCUGGCAGCCCAGCAGACAAUACUCACUGCGCCAUCACAACAAUAGUGAAGGCAGACCCUGCAAUGGAGACGAGCACACUGGACUCUGAGGACGUCAGACACAGCCAGAGCGCUGAGCAGAAGCCCGGCGCCUCCACCGCCCGAACCCGCCAUCCGGAAUCGCCUCCUCUUCGCUUCUUCACCCUACUGCAAUUCGAGAACCUUCUUCCAGGGGCAGCCAUUCCCGGGUGACGCCACUGCCCUAGCAACCAAUCGGAGGCCGCAGGCACAUAAUGAUCAAGCUGACUUGGUUUGGGAACUGAAUUAAUAAUAAGAUGCCCAAAACAUUAUCCACAAAAGUAACCCCAAGUGAGAAUUCCGACAGUGACUGCAACAUCAUGGUAGAGAAACAAACCGGACGAAAGAAUAAGGAGAAAAUCACAUCCUACACCCGAACGCCUAAGUUGGAUAGGAAUGAAGUUGGAAAAGAAAUGAAAGAAAAAUCUUCAAUGAAAAGAAAACUCCCCUUCACAAUCAGCCCACCUAGAGAAGAAGAGAGAGAUUCUGACACAGAUUCUGAAGCGGGACAGACAAGUGAAAACUGGGGUGAACGAAUAACUUCCUCCUACAGCACAAAUGCAGAGAAAGAAGGUCCAGAAAAAAAGAAAGUAAAGAAAGAGUCUGGAAACAAGAAAUCUACUCCAGUUAACAUCCUCUUCGGUUACCCGUUAUCUGAACGCAAACAGAUGGCACUUCUCAUGCAAAUGACUGCCAGGGACAACAGCCCAGACUCGACUCCAAAUCAUCCUUCGCAAGCAACACCAACUCAAAAGAAAACCCCCACAUCUUCCACAAGGCAGAAGGACAAAGUUAAUAAAAGAAAUGAACGUGGAGAAACUUCUUUGCAUAUGGCAGCUAUACGCGGAGACCUUAGUCAAGUGAAAGAGCUCAUUCGUCUUGGUGCAAAUGUAAAUGUUAAAGAUUUUGCAGGAUGGACACCGCUGCAUGAAGCUUGCAAUAUGGGGUGUUAUGAAGUUGCUAAAGUUUUGAUUGCAGCAGGAGCUGAUGUGAAUACACAGGGACUGGACGAUGACACUCCUCUUCAUGAUGCAGCCAGCAGUGGCCACAGAGAUAUUGUGAAAUUACUUCUCCGACAUGGCGGCAAUGCAUUCCAGGCCAAUAAACAUGGAGCACGUCCCAUUGAUGUGGCUGACUCUGAGGAACUAGAGCAACUACUAAAACAAGAAAUUCCCCUUUCUGAUGAUGAGGAAAGUUAUACAGACUCCGAGGAGCCCCAGUUUACCAAUCUCUCUAGUGUAGAUGAAAACUUAGAUUCAGAGUGCGAAAAGGAGCCCAUGAUUGAUGAAACCAAGCAUGCUACUGCCAAGGGGACACCUUGCACUUCGCGACUUGAUGAGUAUGAAUUUAAAGAUGAUGAAGAGGAUGACGAUGAUGAUGGAGAGGAGGACAAAUGUGUGAUCAGGAAUGAGAUUAACAAAGAGUGCUCUGAAGAAAGUGAAAACUUUUUUGUAAAGAAAGACAAAAUAGAUUUUCCAAAACUGUACAAAAACAGAAAACCGAAACCAUCUCGCUUAUUAUUCACAAGCUCCGACAGCUCGGAUGAUGAUUUGCUUCCUGAAAAAGUGAGCCUUGCUUCUGAAAGCCUAAAUUCUGACAUCCGACACAGAAAAGAGUACAGUGUUUUACACGAGCAAAAGGAGAAGGGCAAAGUCAAGAAAAAGGUGAAGAAUCAAAGUAAAAACAAAGAGAACAAAGAAUUAAAACAGGAAAAAGAUAAGAAAGAAAAUGUUAAAGUAGUGAACAUAGUGAUGAACUCUGCUUUGGAUUCUAUAGAAAAAUCUAGAGACGAAGAGGUGUUUAGGAAAUCUCUGUGUACAAAAGAUGAGGGGUCUUUACACUUGUUUCAGAUUACCCCAGGCAAAUCUCCCAAGCAUACGUUCACUUUUGUUGAUAAGCAAUCGACACCACUAAAACAAGACAACACUAAAAUGUGCGUUUCACCACCUGGUGGAUCCGAAUCAUCAUUACAAGCAGAACUCUUCCGCUUCGAACAGAGCCCCGACUCAGAAUAUGCACUGGAAAGUUCAAGCACCGCAAUUUCCAAAUACAAGGAAAAAAGUAAACACGCAAAAGACUUUUUUAAUGAAUAUGGUGACAGGGCUGCAGCUAAAAGCAAAGAAGAUGAUAAAAGCCCUUCCUUUGAAACAGUGGAGUUUGUUGUUAAGAAAGACAAGGAAGGCAAAGUACUAAAAAAGCACAAAGUAAAGCACAAAGAUAGGGAAAAAGACAAAAAUAAAAAAGAGCUAGAUGUGGAAAAGGAUAAAAGCAAACACAGAGAUAAUAAAAACACACCAAGAAAUAUAGAGUUUGACAGGGAAUUCUGGAAGGAGAACUUUUUUAAAAGUGAUGAAAACGAUGAUGAAUUUUUAAACAUGGAAUCCAAAAACCCAUCUCCAGAUAAAAAAGGCAAGUUGGAAAAACCACAAGCAAAAGAAGAUAAAACAAAAGAGAACUAUGACCACAAAGAAAACACUAAAGAUCUUGAUGAGACCAUGAAAAAAGAAAGGGAUACUAAUAUUUUUCCAGAAAAGGGUGAUAUUGUUUUAGGGAAUGUACUUGUUAAGGACGAGUCAACAAACCUCGACAGGGAAACCGAUACUGAAAUGCUUGCUAAGGAAAGCAGGGAGAAGUCUGAGAAGAGAUUAGCGCUUAAAGAAAAGGACCUUGAUAAGUUGGAUAAAAAAUGCACAGACAAAGAGAAGAAAUCAAAAGAUCACAAAGCAGAAAAAGAGAAGAUUGACAUACACGAACACAUAGAAAAAUGCAAAACACAUUUACAGUCUGUACAGAAAGAAAACGAUAAAAUUAGAACCGUUUCAACCAGCAAAGAAAAGUGCAAAGACAAAUCUGAGAAGAAACUUGAAAAAAUUGAAAAGGAUAAGCAUCUUGGUGAGCAGAAAGUUUCUUCUGAUAAGAAAAUUAAACAAAUGGAAAAAGAUCUGGAAUCAAACAAAUCUGACAAAGGAAAACGCAAAGAACGGGAUUAUCGAAAGAAGGAGAAAUCUAAAGACGGAGAAUGUUUCUCGGGAACAAGUGUAAAGCACAGCCAGGAGGAACGGAAACCAAGUAGCACAGAAAACAAGGUAUUGCAUGAACGACUAUCAUUAGUAAGGGAAAAGUCAAAAGAGGAGCAACAAAAAAUGGCUGAAUAUAAAGAAAAAGACCGCAAAGACAAGGAAAAGGAUAUAGAUAGAUAUAAAGAACGGGACAAGCAUAAAGACAAAACACAAACAAAUAUAUUGAAAGUAAAACCUAAAGAGACUGAACCAGAAAAAAAUAAACCUAAAUUACAACUACUCAAAGAUACCAGACCAAAAGAGAAAAGAUUAGUGAAUGAUGAUCUAAUGCAAACUAGUUUUGAGAGAAUGCUUAGUUUGAAAGACCUUGAAAUUGAACAGUGGCAUAAAAAGCAUAAAGAGAAGAUCAAACAAAAAGAAAAAGAGAGGCUGAGGCAUCGAAAUAGUACUGAAUUGAGUAAACUAAAGGAAAAAGAAAAGCAGAGAAAUUCGCUCACACCAUCUAAAAACAAAGAGUUAAUGAGAUCAAAAAGUUCUGAGUUGUCAGAUUCUGGCCCCAAAGAUAAAAUGCUAAAGGAUGCCACAAGCUGCAGAUCACAGUCAGUCGAUGGAAAAAAUGUGGCACAUCCCGGAAAAACACUUUUAAUAUUGGAAAACAAUAGCCUAGCUAGGUCUCCUCGGUCAGAGAGUGAAAAAACUGGUCUAAGUUCUCGAUCUAUAUCAAUGAUAUCAGUUGCCAGUUCUGAAGACUCUUGUCAUGCUACUGUGACCACACCAAGGCCUACUAUUGAAUAUGAUUCAGACUUUGCACUUGAAGGUUCAGAUUCUCAGAUGUCUUUCUCUCAGUCCCCUUUUCUAUCAACUGCUAAAUCACCAGCUGUUCAUGACCGAGAGUUGGACAGCCUUUCUGAGCUACCUGACCGUGUUAAGCAACCUCUGUCAAACAGACUUCUCCCAUGUUAUCUCAGGUCAGUGUCUGUAGAGGAUACUAAAUUAGCAACCAGUGAAUGCAGGCCGGUUGUAGAAGUUAGAAGAUGCAGCAUGCCAGCUGCUUUUGUUGAUCAAAUUAGGCCCUCCCCAUCAGUUUUAGAAAGCACUUUACAAGAAACUACAUCAGCUACUCCAUCAGUGCCUAGCAGAUGUAUGUCUCCGAAAAUAGAAGAAAUAGAUUUUCAAGGUAGCUUUUCUAGUCUACAUCCAAGUAGUAAAAAAUCCUUACCUUUUAGUAAGCAUACUGGAGAUUCAAAUAUGUUAGUCCAAGAAACUCAAAUCAUUCCAGAGGAGUCACCUGUUAUAAAUGGCUCUGACCGAGCCAGUUGUCAUGUAGGAAUGUCUUCACCUUUGGAUUCUGAACUUGCAAAACCAGUUUGUUCAGAACAAGAGUCUGCCGCAUUUGCGGAAGCUGAUGGCAACACAUCUCAGGAUUUGCUUUCAUGUAGACAGGAAAACACCAAAACAAGCCCACGUGAACCAUGUGUACUUUCCUCUCCUAUAUCAUGUCCUACUGUUACAGCUCCACCACCUUCAGAUCUAAAUAGUUCCCCAAAAACUUCUCUGCUUUGCAGUUUGACACUUAGCACUGGAAUGGAAGAGAAAACUUGUGCAAGUGCCAACUCUAGUAACGUCAAAGGAAAUGAGGUAAAAGAUGAUGAACCCAAGCUUCCUGAAACGGAGAAAACUGAGGUAUCCACUGCAACACCUGGAGAAAAUGUUCACCCCGUUGACAGGUUAAAAAUUGACAUUUCAGACUGUGUUGUUGAAAGAAUGGAAAACACAGCAGAUAUACUGGCUCCUAAUCUUUCAAAGAAAAUCACACCAAGCUCAAGUCCAACAAAGGAUAAUAUGCUGGUAGACAAACAAGAGGAGGAACAGUCUACAUCUAAAGACUGCAAAUCUGGUGUAGAAAAUCUUACAGCCUCACAGAGUGAUAGAAAAGAUGAUGGUGACUUUGAAAAGACAAGUGGAACAGCAGAAAUGCUUAAAGAAAAUGCACAUCAUCAAGUCCACUCUUCUGGUAACACAAAGGAUGCAUCUUUGCAAAAAUAUGACUUCUGUUCAUCUGAGACUCAAACUCCUUCAGUACAGGAAGAGAUGCAGAAAUUUAGCCAGACCAUUAAGAUGGAAGUAGAGGAAAAUACUGAAGUAAAAACCGAGCCGCAAGAAAUUCCUCAAAGAAUUACAAGAAAUCGUGCUAACAUGUUGGCCAAUCAAAAUAAGCAGGCGCAAGCAAGCUUCUCCCACACUUCAGAAAAGGAACCUGUUGAAAACCCUAUAGCCCUGAGAGGGAGGAUACGACUAACUGAAGAGGAUGAUGUACAAGUUCAUCAUCCACGUAAAAGGAAGCUGCCUCGUGUGCCUCAACCUGGACUAGCUAAUCCUUCUUCAAUACAGCAAGCAAAAGAAAAAACACAACAGUCCUUGGCUGCAGUUGUGGAUUCUUUGAAACUGGAGGAUAUCCAACCAUAUCAGUCUGAGAGGGCAAAUCCUUAUUUUGAAUAUCUUCACAUUAGACGAAAAGUAGAAGAGAGGCGAAAGAUGCUGUGUAGUGUUAUCCCUCAAGCACCACAGUACUAUGAUGAAUAUGUGACCUUCAAUGGCUCAUAUCUUCUAGAUGGCAAUCCCUUCAGCAAGCUUUGCAUCCCCACAAUUACACCACCUCCGUCCCUCUCUGAACCUUUGAAAGAACUUUUUCGACAACAGGAAGUUGUACGGAUGAAACUUCGCUUGCAGCACAGCAUAGAAAGAGAAAAGCUUAUUGUGUCCAAUGAACAAGAAGUUCUGCGUGUCCACUACAGAGCAGCCAGGACAUUGGCUAAUCAGUCUCUGCCAUUUAGUGCCUGCACAGUAUUAUUAGACGCUGAAGUGUACAAUGUUCCACAGGAGUCACAGAUAACGACAGGACAAUUUGGCGUACGAGAUGUGGAUGAAAAAAGAAAAGUAAAGAGUGAAGAUGGCAAGGCAUCCGUGAGAGACAGAUUUAAUGCACGGCAGUUUAUGUCUUGGCUACAUGAUGUUGAUGACAAAUUUGAUAAACUGAAGACAUGUUUACUGAUGAGGCAGCAGCAUGAAGCAGCAGCUCUGAAUGCAGUUCAGAGAUUAGAGUGGCAGCUCAAACUACAAGAACUUGAUCCAGCUACAUACAAAUCCGUCAGUAUCUACGAGAUCCAAGAAUUCUAUGUUCCACUUGUGGAGGUCAAUGACGACUUUGAACUGACACCUAUAUGAUGCUGUAAAACUCCACAGCUGCCCACUAUAGGCUGCAUUUUUUAGGGUCACCUUCACUUGAUCAAAGUUAUGAGAGGCACUGCUUCUUGAAUGAAGUUUCUAAAAGGAGAAGGAACUCAAAUAAAUACAAAGUGCACAUAGCCUUCAGGCCUUUCAGGAUCAGUCUAGGAUGUGCAUAUAGGAGAUAUUAUUAAAAUAUUUAACUAUGGAAAAGAGUAUUCAACUUUUACUAAUAUAACUUCACUUUUGGUGGGAUCAGAGUUCCACUUUAAACUGGCAGCUCAGGAAGCUGCUUAACGUUGAGCAGCUCUAGAUCACAUAAUAGAGAGUUGUCCAUCACCUCUGUAUGAUGCUUUUGGUACCAGACUUUUGCACUAAUCCAUCGAGUGCCAUAGAGAAAUCUAUCUAAACGUGUAACACAGCACACCUUACACCAAGUUUAACCACUUGCUACCCAGGCCAAUUCUGACACUUUGCUCCUACAUGUAAAAAUCAUAAUUUUUUUGCUAGAAAAUUACUCAGAACCCCCCAAACAUAUAAUUUUUAGCAGAGGCCCUAGGUGCAACUUUUUAUUACUCACGGUGUUUGUGCAGUCAUUUUUCAAAAUUUAAAAACAUUUUUUGGGGAAAAACAUUCAUGCAUUAAAAAAAAAAAAGCAGUA